AUGGCAGGACGGUGGAGCAAGUACCAGCCGGCUGUGAUCAGGAUCGAUGCAGGAAGCCUGGACGGGGCCGCCUUAACCGACACAGCUGACAACACGUGGUCGAAGGACUACAACUUUGUGGGCGGCAAUGCAGACAAGUCGAAUGACUAUAUUUCGGCGGCAGCGGACGGUGCUCACAGCGUGUACGGGACCUGCCGCACCGGCCAAAAUUUCCAGUACGGGUUCACCAAGGCAGAUGGGCUCAUGCCAGGUGGCACGUAUACACUGGCGCUGCAUUUUGCUGAGACAUAUUUUGAGGCGGCUGGUGCGCGGGUCUUCUCAGUGGUCGUGAAUGGGGAGGAGAAGAUUGCCGGCCUGGACAUCUUCUCACGAGCAGGGGGUAAGGACGUUGCACUGGUGCUGCAUGUUCCUGUGACGCUGGGCUCAGACGGCGUUCUCUCCCUCAUCUUCUUCGGCACCACAGACCGGGCCACUGUUGCAGGCGCGCUCCAGUUUCAUUGA